AUGCGCGUCCUCUCCGCGCCGCUCCUCAUCCUCACCCUCUUCCCUCUUCCGCGCGCGAACGCCCUCGAGGUCGUGACGACGCAGCGCACGGACAAUCCAUCCGUCAACCGCGUCUUCGCCAACGGCCUGGACGCGUUCGGACGAGACGCGACGUGUCGCGCGUGUCACGCGUUGACGCGCGCGCUCAAUGACAAUUUGAUCAGCGCGCUCGUCGACAUUCGUGGCAAGGCGAAGACGAACGCGAAUUACGGAAAGAUGGAUGACGCUAUCGAGACGGCGAUCGCGCCGGUGUGUCGUCUGAGCGCGACGUGGCGAGACGUGGACGUGCGGAAGGCGUGCGAGAAGAUCAUGGAGCGAAGCGAGGACGCGGUGGCGGCGACGUAUCAUCGAUGGCUCGCCAGGGGCGGAGGACGCGAAGAGCGGACGGUGAGAGGAGAGAAGAAGUCACGAAACGCGUGGCGGAAGUGGGAUCCGGUGGGUUGGAAUUGGAAUUACGAGAUGUGCGGCAAGGCGACGCGCGCGUGUAAGGAGGCGCUCUCGAUGCACGAGCUCGAGGAGUUCGACGAGGACGACGUCGCGGAGGGUGAUUCGAGAAAGUACAGGAGCGAACAGCGACCCAAGAGGGGAGAGAUGGUGGAUGGGAUGUUAAAGGUCACCGCGGGGACCUUUCACGAGGAGGCGGUGCGAAGAGAGAGCGACGUCGUGGUGUACGUGGGAUUUCCAAAGCUGGACAAGUGGGCGCAUUUUUACGCCGCGUCCGUUCUCGGAACGGUUCGAGAAAUGUUUCACGCGAACGAAACCGCACGAGGGUUUUUGGAGAUCGCGUACGUGGAUGGAACGGUGAACGACGUGCCACCGCCGUACGGUUCAGACGACCAGACGCCCACGGUGGCGAUGUUCGCUGCGGGGAAUAAAAAUUGGCCUCGAUACAUGACGGACAUGAACGACGGGAAAUUGACCCCUUUCGAGGUAUUACAGUUUAUCAUGCGCACAACAACAUCGGCUGAGACGCUUCGACACGCGAAUUGGCUCGCGACGACGCUCAAGCACGAUGUGCUUCACAAGAAAAUGUGGGAGGACGACCACGUCGAGCUCUGA